CCUCAGGCGCUCUUGCUUCGUUCAUCGGCAAUCGCGUUUACCGCACAACUCUUUCGUGCUCUCAGAGUUGUUAUCACCUUCUGUCGUUCUCGUAUUUUCCGAGGACCCACUUUCCAUGACAAUGAACAGUUUUCACCUUUGAAUUUGUUUGGUGUUCGUACUCUCAUCGAAGAACUCGAUCUAGGUUCACUUCGAUUCCAAUCCCAAGAGCCCCAAUUUCGCGGAAAACAGCCGAGAACCCAAAGGAGGACGGCCCAUAUUUCACACCUCUUUUUUGAUUAAUAUAUUCGAUUCUAUUGAUUUUCAUGGUUUGAAUCGAUUAACAAAGUUCGGUCUGCUGCCAGACCUCGUUUUUCGAUCUCGAAAACCCAAAUUUGGCCGCGAGAAAAGGCAUGUUUCCUGCAUCUGGUUCAGCGGUGCUGCUACCUCCAACCAAAUUCUAUGGCCCCUUUUCCUCAUCAUCUUCAUCUUCUCGACCCGGCGGAUGCUGUAUGCCUUAUACAAAGACAUUCGUGUUGUGUUCUUCCUUGCGGAAGAAGAUUGUUUGUGCUUGUAUGGCGCCUUCACAUAAUUUGAGUACUGAUGGAUUUUCUGGAACCAAACACAAUGCGGAUUCAUUUAAUUCAGGGACUUCAGGUGCGAUUAAAGAACCUGGCUACGAAUCUGAUGUCCUCGUUGAGUGUAAAGAUGUCUAUAAAUCAUUUGGGGAGAAGGAUAUUUUGAGAGGUGUGAGCUUUAAGAUUAGACAUGGGGAAGCUCUUGGAAUAAUUGGGCCUUCUGGCACUGGCAAAUCUACUAUUUUGAAAAUUAUUGCAGGACUUCUUGCACCAGACAAGGGGGAGGUUUUUAUUCGAGGUAGAAAGAGAUUUGGUUUGAUCAGUGACGAGGAGAUUUCUGGUCUUCGAAUUGGUUUGGUUUUUCAGAGUGCUGCACUUUUUGAUUCUUUAACUGUUCGUGAAAAUGUUGGUUUCCUUUUGUAUGAAAAUUCUAGUAUGUCAGAAGAUCAAAUUGCAGAGCUUGUGACAGAAACUUUGGCUGCUGUUGGAUUGAAGGGAGUUGAAGAUCGGCUACCUUCUGAGUUGUCUGGUGGAAUGAAGAAACGAGUUGCAUUAGCUCGGUCUAUAAUAUUUGAUACAACAAAGGAUGCAAUAGAGCCAGAGGUGCUCUUGUAUGAUGAACCAACAGCAGGGCUUGAUCCGAUUGCUUCCACUGUGGUUGAGGAUCUGAUCCGCUCUGUACAUUUGAAAGAUGAGGAUGCACUUGGAGUGCCUGGCAAGAUUGCAUCUUAUGUGGUUGUUACCCACCAACAUAGCACCAUUAGAAGAGCUGUUGACAGGUUGUUGUUUCUCUACAAGGGAAAGAUUGUCUGGCAAGGAAUGACUCAUGAAUUUGCCACAUCGACAAAUCCAAUUGUUCAGCAGUUUGCAUCAGGAAGCUUGGAUGGACCAAUUCGUUAUUAGCUGUCCAGAAUGCAUGCGGUUGAAUUAAGUACACACAAAUUCACCAAUUCUUCUGCAUCUCUGUGGUUUCCUUACAAGGAAAUUUUGUCAUGAGGUGUUCAAUGGCGUGCCUAAACCUUUGCUUAUCUCGGGAUCAAUGGACUUAAAAGAGAAGGGGGGGGGGGGGGGGUGGUGGUGAGAAGGCUCUUGGACUGGCUGAGAAUUGUAGGUGAAUUUAUAUGGCCACUUUUCUCUGUUUUAGUGUAAAUCAUGUACUAGGGCAUCAUUUCUCUGCCCCAUUAUAGUUAGGGAAAUAGAUUCUUCCAAGCUGAAAUGCAGACGUUUUGUCUCAUUCAAAUUUUCAAGUUAGUAGUUUGUAUCAUUCAAUUCCUAGCUAAAACGAAUGCUGAUUAGUUCUUGUUUUGAUUUUGAUGCAUUGAUUUUAACUUCUGUAUUUUGGUGGUGCUGGCUGUAACUAUUGGUCAUGAUUUGAGAAUAUAUUCACAACA